GGUGGGGGUCGUAGCCGGUUGUAGCUCGUCUCACAUAAUAACCACCGCGGCUUGAAGGCGUGGUGAGCUCGGAUGAACACAAGGCAGGCGUGCACUGUUCGUACGAGAGGACGACGUGGGCAGGUACCCACACCGGCUUCUUCCACCUCAGUGGGGAAAAAUGGGAAUGAAAAUGCCGGGCAAAGAUUAAGACAAAUCGAAUGGGUUGAUAUGCGGGGAAAAGCAGUAUUUCAUCAGCCAACACUUUAACUGGAAUUAAAGCGUCAGUUAAGAUGACGGAGGGGAGACUGUGCCAGGUGCAUCUUCUGGAUGACAGGAAGUUAGAGCUGCUGGUUCAGCCUAAACUACUGUCAAGGGAGCUUCUUGAUUUGGUGUCCUCCCAUUUCAACCUCAAAGAGAAGGAAUACUUUGGACUCACGUUUGUCGACGACAAUGGCCAGUGUAAGUGGCUGCAGAUGGACCGCAGAGUCCUGGAGCAUGACUUCUCCAAGAAGAGCGGGACCAUCUCCCUCAAGUUCCUGGUCAGGUUUUAUGUGGAGAGCAUCUCCCAGCUCAAGGACAUCAUUACUGUGGAGUUAUUCUACCUGAACGCCAAAUAUGCCGUCUACCAGGGAAUUAUCGAGGUGGAGAGCGAGAACGUCUUCAGAUUAGCCGCGAGUGCUCUGCAGGAGGCCAAAGGAGACUACACAAGUGACGAGAACACGAGAGCAGACCUGAAGAAGCUUCCCGUCCUGCCCACCAAAGUGCUGAAAGAACACCCGUCCCUUGCAUACUGUGAGGACGGGGUGAUCGAGCACUACAAACAGCUGAAGGGACUCUCCAGAGGACAGGCCGUAGUGCGGUACUUGACGUUGGUGGAAUCCCUGCCCACGUACGGCGUCCAUUAUUAUGAAGUGAAGGACAAGCAAGGAAUGCCAUGGUGGCUUGGAAUCAGCUACAAAGGAAUUGGGCAAUAUGAUUUGCAGGAUAAAUUAAAACCAAGAAAGCUUUACCAGUGGAAGCAGCUGGAAAACCUUUAUUUCCGGGAAAAGAAAUUUGCCGUAGAGGUCAACGACCCACACCGGAGAGCGGUGACUAAGCGUACCUUCGGGCAGACCGGGCUGCUCAUCCACACAUGGUACGCCAGCCAUUCUCUGAUCAAGACCAUUUGGGUGAUGGCCAUUAGCCAACAUCAGUUCUACUUGGAUAGAAAGCAGAGCAAAGGUAAGAUAGGCUCUGCGAAGAGUUUGGAGGAAAUCGCUAUGGAUCUCACCGAGCAAGGAGGGUCGAAGAUAAGCAGAUUAGGAGACACAGGGCUGAAGAAUAAUCACAUAAUGGCUAGCAAUGGCAGCCUGGUGUCUACUGGUUCGGCCGACUCGGAGGCCAGCGAGGAGCAGAAGCGGGAGAAGAUCUCCGAGCUGAGGAAGAAGGAGCAGGAGAUCCAGGAGGUGCUGGCCAAGAAGACCAAGGAGCUGAGGAAGAUCUGUCUGAGGGAGGCGGAGCUCACGGGCAAGCUGCCAAAAGAGUACCCCCUGUCCGCCGGCGAGAGACCGCCGCAGAUCAGACGCCGCGUCGGCACCACGUUCAAGUUGGAUGACCUCUUCCCCUAUAACGAGGACCCAUAUCUGAGGAACCUGGAGAGCCGCUUCGCCCUGCAGCGGAAGAUCGUGGAGGCGGCCAAGAAGCUGGCCAACGAGGCGGAGCUGUGCAAGACGGUGAAGAAGAAGCGGAGGAGGAACUGUCUGGACGCCAUGCACAAACUCCAGCAGGUGGAGGACGAGAUGAACCAGUACAGGAUCAAGAAGGGGAAGAAGCCCACGCAGAGAGCCUCGCUCAUCAUCGCGGAUGAGCUGGUGCGCUCGGACUGCAGCUCCCUCUCCAGCCUGCCACUGGACGACGAUGACUCAGACAGCUCCAGCCAGAGGCCCCGGUCCCGCUCGGUGCAGGGCUCCCCUCAGCUCAGCCCCAUGCGCUCUCUGGGGGCCGAGUACGAGGCGGACAGACAGGCGUCCUCAAACCACCACCAGAAGAACCUCAGCAGGCUAGCCUACGAAGGCCAGGAGCCUUCCCAGCACUACCAGGGUCCGAGGGAGGUCUCCUCCAGUGGCAGCAGCCCCUACAAAACCCUCCCCAGGCCUGCCAAAGACCCACGUAGCAUGCCGCCCACCCCUGUCAUGACCCGCAAUGCCUACAGCAGCAGUCAGCUCAGGACGGGCGGCUCCACCCAGAGCUUCAGGCACCGCAGCGGCAGCCUGGAGUCCCAGCCGCGGCCCCGCAAGGACCCGGAGACGGAGAAGCCCGUGUUCACACUUUCGCCGGCGCACCGCAGCUCCAGCACGGAGGCCCUGGAGGACUGCUCCUCCUACGCCAGCCAGUCCAGCCUGGACUACUGCGCCACCACCGCCGCCCCCCACUACUGCACCCUGGACUCCCGCCGCACCCCCCAGCUGCACCGGCUGCACCGGCGGGUGGAGGUGUACGGCAACAGCGGCAGCAUGCCCAACCUGGUGCCGCUCCACUCGGGCGGCGGCGGCGGCGGCGGCGGCUACGGGUACGAGUCCCCGGCGCACUACGCGCCCGACGCCUUCUACGGGGCCGGGUACCCGGGCGCCGACGCCGAGCCCUACUCCAACGGGGCCUACGUGUACGAGAGCGACGUGGAGGGCCACUACAACGUCAACCCCUCCUACCAGGUCAACGGCUACCACGGCCACGAGAGGUACCGCCACUACAGCGACCGCAGCGACAACCUGUCCCAGAACCCGUACGCCACCAUGAGGCCCCCGCGCAGCCGCACGGGGCCCCGCAACGAGCUGCUGGCCAAGAGCAUGCAGAAGGCCCUGGUGGCGGAGCACCUGAGGGGCUGGUUCCACCGCAGCGGGGCCCAGAAGGAGCCCGGCCGGGGGCCCUUCGACUACGACACGGGCUCCCAGCUCAGCCUGGGCUACCAGACCCUGCCGGCCCCCUUCAGCCACUCCAGCCGCACCAACUCCUACUCCUCUGUCUCCUCGGCGACUAGCACGGGGGCCUGGCGCAACCACCUGGCGGUGGGCCUGACGGACUACGACUCCGCCGACCGGGCGCAGUACCAGCAGCAGCCAGCGGGGGCGGCUCCCGGCGCCGCCAACAGCCGCAGCCCCACACACAGCAGAUGUUCCCCUGAAAGCAAGGUGUCAAAGUCUGACACAGUGUCCGACCAAUCAGAGCCGGCCACCCCGGCGGCUGCCGCUGGCCCCGCUAGCUCAGAGCAGCAGCGCCUCGAUGGCGGUGUGGCUUAAUGGUGAGGUCGGCCGCUCCUAGGCCCCGCCCCCCCUCCAUCUCAGAGCACCUCCACCGUCAUCAUUACCCUGUGGUUGUCUCGACGUUCUGCAUCCCCGCCGGUCCCCCUGUCCCCAAUCCAAUGAACCUUCAUUCUUUCCUUCUCUGAUUUGUCGCCGUCCAUCCGCUUGCGGGAGCAAUUUACUUUCGGUUGUUUGUGUGUUUGUGUUUGUUGUUUUCUUUCUUUUGCCUUGUGCUGAAAAUAUGUUUACCGCUCAUUUUGUUCAGCUGGUAAGCAGCGUAGAAAAGCCAAGGACCUACUUUGUUAUACUUAUCAUUAGAUACUUAUUCAUUGCUAUAAAUCCAUUCAUGUUUUAAAUAUUUAAGGGUUUGAAUUUGAGUCGGCAAUCACAACAUAUUGGCCAUCGUCAUUGUGUUUGUUUUAUAUUGCUAUCUAUUAAUAUUCUAUUGUAUAUUUCCAUAAUAUCAGAGUGCAAUAUCACUUAGUGCUGUAUAUACCGUAUAAAUUCCAUUGGACUACUUCACAUAAUUAUCUUCUCUCCAUUUUCAAACCUCAGGAAUGGAUGUCUUUUGGGCCAGUAAGACAGAUUUCAGCCAAUUGAGAGACUCAACUCCUUCUUCUUCUUCUUC